CCUAGUCGCUCGCCGCCGCCAGCGGUUCAUCGCCAACUAGUCUCGUCGCUUCUUAUAUGUCCUCGUACGCCUCGACAGCCACGUCGUCGACAUAACGCUGACGGUCCACGUAUGUUUAUACCCGUUCAGUCUUCCCAUACCGUCCAUCCUGCCAUGGACACAGCGUCUUCAAUGACGGACCCGGCCCACUCGAGCCCAGCUUUCGACGUCACUCACUUACGCAGCCCCAGGUCGAGAGCCGGCAGCGGAGUAUCAACAACACAAGGCCUCCUCCAGAGCCCUCUGCUGGCGGAGUCGGCUUCGUUCGAGACCAGCCCGUACAGCAGUAGCAGGCCUACGUCCAGCCGUGAACUGGCCUCGCCCGCUUACUUAAGUCCGAGCCUGUCCCACUCGCCGGGCUUACUCACCACUCCUCUCUCCCAACAUCAGCCCGCCUUUCCGUCUCUCCCAUCCGAAGCAGCUGCAGUCUCAGACGCAGAUUGUUGGUUCGAGGCAGAACGGCCACGAGCCCGAGGAGCGCCACUCCUCCGACUUGAGCCCGCGCACGACCAGCCCGCAGCGCCAUCACCGUCGUCGACACGGGCAUCUAUCGAGACAGAAACUAUGAGCGCCGUCGCCGUCUCCUACGACCCGGCAUUCAACAUGGGCACCAGAUCAUCCUUCACUUGGCCUGGGUUGGAAUCCAGCGGUGGCCUCAUGCCUCCGGAACUCGGCCACUACGGCUCGGAUGCGAGCCUCACACCUCCCAGCGGAUCACGAUCGGUUACCUCAAGCCCGCCGAGGACGCUCAGCGCGGAGCAGCGGGAACUGAAGCGGCAAAGAGACCACGCACGACACAACGCCAAACUGCAGGCCCGCGUCCGGAGAACUGAGAGCGCGUCAUCUGUUUAUUCUCCACCAGUCUCGCUGGCCGACAUGACGACCGGCACGUCGAGCAUGCCCGUGUACACAACGGCGCCGCCGCAGAUCUCGCUGCUGGCCGAGCCCGCAGCGCAGCAGUACUUGCCUCCCUUUUCGCCACCGAUCCCGGACCCCAACCAGGCGACCAUGUUCGCGAACCACUAUCCCUCCCAGCCCUACAUCUCCGAUUACGGGUACCCUUCGACAACCGCGCCGAGCCUGCCGUCGCACUAUGGGUAUGUGUCUCGCGCGUGUAGCCCGCUCCAGAACCCGAAGACUCAUCUGGAGCCCAGCAGCAGGCCGCUUGUCCCGGACCCGAACCUCGGGAUGUACCCGGUGGCGCCGGUCAUGCAGCCAGGACCGGCGGACGCGAGCGGGCAAGUGCGAGUGGUGCACAGCCGGCCGAAGCCGCAGUGCUGGGAGCACGGCUGCAACGGGCGGCAGUUCUCGACCUUCAGCAACCUCCUCCGGCACCAGCGGGAGAAGUCGGGCCAGGCGGCCAAGGCGACGUGUCCCAACUGCGGCGCCGAGUUCACGAGGACGACGGCCAGGAACGGCCACCUAUUACACGACAAGUGCAAGAAGAAGAACGCAAACAACUAGGGCGACCCGGACGACCUCACGGGGCAAAAGGAGGUUGGAAAUCACGCGGACUAAUGGGGCGGAAGGAACAGGGAAUCCUGGCGACGACACCGUCACCAAACCGGUCUCCGGGGAUCACACAAUUCGGUUGCCGUGGAG